AGUGAUAGCAGAACGAAAGAUAAAUAAGAAAUAGCGUUUGUUAUUACUUCACUCAUGCGUUGGAAUCAUAAUCACAUGUCUUUUGAAGAAAUGUCUUAUUUGGAAAUACUGUUUUCAGUUAGAUCAUAAAUUAUUUUACAGUUCAAUAAUUUAUUCAUCAUUCAAAAUGGAUAACAUCGAAGCACAGACAGAAGAAAUAAUAGCACUACAAAGCAUUUUCGAAGAAAAAGAAUUUCUAAUUGAGGGAAUGAAUCCUAUAUGCGGGCGGUAUAUUGCCGAAGUUUUAUUGCCGAACCCGUUUUAUGUUGUUUCAAAACGCGGAUUAGGAACGAAUGGUGCAGAAUCAGAAAAUUCUAAAGAAUCUACUGUUGACGAACACCUGCAAUUAGAACAUUUACCUCCAAUCAAUUUGUUUUUUGAAUUUCCUAGUACUUACCCUUCAGAUACUUGUCCUGCUUUUUUGUUAUCCUGUAACUGGCUUACAUUAGAUCAAAUAACUUUGUUAUGCAAACAACUUGAAAAUCUAUGGGUAGAAAGCUUCAAUGAAGUUAUAUUGUUCAGGUGGAUACAAUUUUUAAAAGAAGAAGUCUUAGGUUUUUUGAAUAUUACGGAUACGCUUGAUGUCACUGAGCUUACCAAGUAUAGUGUUAGAAGUGCCUUCACGUGCCAAUCUGUGUCUUGUAACAAAACUAAUGGAAAAAACAUGUGUAGUGAUGAAAGCAAAAUGAAUGUAAAUAAUCAAAUGGAUGGCGAUUAUGUAGUGGGAAAGAAGUGUAGUGGGUUCCAGAACAUUCAACCAUCUGUUCAUGGUGGCUCUGGAUCAAUUGAUAAUAGAGCUAUAUUGGAUUUGCAUGACGGGAAAGUGCUAAAAGCUCGGUUAAAAGAUUUUGAAGCCUUUAAAAAAAUGGAAGUCUUCCAGAACUCUUGGCAGUUUUGUAAUAUUUGUUUUGCUGAUAAAAAAGGAAGUGACUGUACUGUGUUUAAAAGUUGUAAUCAUUUCUUUUGCAAUGAAUGCAUCAAGUCCUAUUUCGAAGUUCAAAUCAAAGAAGGUAAUAUAUAUUCACUAAAUUGCCUGGAAGGGAAAUGCUCCUCUCAGGCUGAUGGUACCAUGGUGAAGAAAAUAGUGAGUAGCGAACUUUUUGAACGAUAUGAUUCUUUGUUAUUAUCAAGAACCUUGGAAAACAUGUCUGAUAUUGCCUAUUGUCCAAGGCAAAAAUGUCAGUGUCCAUUACUUUUAGAUACUUGUGGCCGAAUGGGAGCUUGUCCCGCUUGCAAAUUUGUGUUCUGUUCUUUUUGUAAAAUGGCGUACCAUGGUGUAGCACCUUGUAAUUUUAAGUCUGGACAGAAAAGGCAAAUAUUUGAUGAAUACAUGAAUGCCGACGCAGCGAGAAAAGCAGAAUUAGAGAAGUCGUAUGGUAGAAAAGCUAUGAAGUCACUUGUUGAGGAUUGCCUAUCUGAUUCAUGGAUUUCUUCUAACAGCAAAAAUUGUCCCCAUUGUCAAUCUGUAAUUGAAAAAACGGAAGGGUGCAACAAAAUGACUUGUUUUCGAUGUGGCUCGUACUUCUGUUGGUUAUGCCUGAAGUUGCUAAAAAUGUCUAAUCCAUAUUUACACUAUCAAGACAGGAGUUCUCAGUGUUAUGAUCAGCUAUUUCCGGAAGAGUACUUAGAUGAUGCAUUUGAGAUUGAACCGGGAGAAUUUCUCAAUCUUUAAUUUUUUUUUACUCAGUUGAUUUGUGUUACAGUAUAAGAAUUAUUAAAAUUAUUUGAUAUUUAAAAAUUUAUUUAAAGAUUUUUUUAAGUCAACAAGAUCUAUUUCAAAUGGAUUUAAAAAUUUUAGUUUUGGAGUGUUAUACCGGUGUCAAAGAACAGGUUUGUAUUACCAUGUGUCCAAUGUAAAUUUUACAUUUCUUUGAGGUUUUCAGCAAAAAGAUAUUUGAAUACUUCUAUUUUCCUUACUAAAAUAAACUAUAGGUACAAUGUUUCAUAAUUUUGUACAUUUCAAGCAAAACUUACUGAUUGUGUCUCUCAGAUUAUUUAAAAUAAAU